CUCUGCAGCUUGACGUAGCUACAACUCUCUCUGACAACUCCGGUUGUAGUUCGGCACAUUUGGGCGUUAUCCGUUCGCCUCCAGCGGGCUUUGCACGGAACCGACGCCGGUUCCUGGUGUUUAUCGGGUUUAAAGCGGGGUUUGUGCUUCCAUUACUGACCGGAAGCGGUGCACUCUGCGCGGGUCCAUGUGGGACCUGAACUUGGAACCGAUCCAGAUUCAGGUUCUCCGGCUGACCUGGGACCGGCCUCCCGGACUGUAGGAGUCCGUGGCGAGGAUGAAACUCCCCUGCUCCCUGCUCGGCUCCCUUUGGUGUCUGCUCCUCCUUGGAGUCGGAUCGCUGCUGCUCCUGGUCCACCUGCAACGGCUCACCGACUCCGUCCUGCAACAGAACCCAGGUGUCCCGGUUCUGAAGGCUCCAGGCUGGCCUGAAGAGAAGGUUCUGGCUGCAGCCGGGCACACUCGUCACGUCCCUGCAGGACUUUCCCGCGUCUCGCCGCCCGUCCUCCAUCUUUGUUCUGACCCGUUGCUCAAGCGUCCCAUCACCAAGCGCCACAGGAAGCUGCUGCUGAAGAGCGCCCUCUCUGGAGCGGAGGAGGCGCUGCGGCAGCGGAGGACGCAGGAGUUUCGGCACCGCCUGCUGAACUACGUCUGCUCCCGGUACCAGCCGGUCCGCGGGGAGCGUUGGGUAACACUCCAGCAGAUGUCCCGGAUUUAUGUGGAGGACCGGUACCGGCUGCUGUACUGCGAGGUGCCCAAAGCCGGCUGCUCCAACUGGAAACGGGUCCUGAUGGUUCUGGGAGGCAAAGCCCGCUCCACACAGGACAUUCCUCACGACGCGGUUCACUACACCAACCAGCUUCGGCGGCUGGACAGCUAUGAUCGGGCCGGCAUCGCCCAGAGACUCCGGUCCUACACCAAGGUUCUGUUCGCCAGGGAGCCCUUGGAGCGGCUCGUCUCCGCCUUCCGGGACAAGUUCGAGAGUCCAAACUCGUACUACCACCCCGUGUUUGGACGGGCCAUCAUUUCGAGGUAUCGGGCCAACGCCACGGGGUUCGCUCUAAGAACCGGCGCCGGCGUCACUUUCAGGGAGUUCGUUCAGUACCUGCUGGACGCGGAGAGGCCCGUUGGGAUGGACAUCCACUGGGAGCGGGUCGGCCAGCUCUGCAGCCCCUGCCUGAUCCCCUACGGCUUCAUCGGGAGGUUCGAGAGCCUGCGGGAGGACGCCGACUUCCUGCUGCGCAGCAUCGGCGCGCCGGACAACCUCACCUUCCCCGACUUCAAGGACAGGAACCCGCUGGCGGAGCGGACCUCGUCCAGCAUCGCUCGGACAUAUUUCUCCCAGCUGAACGGCACCGAGAGGCAGAAGGUCUUUGAGUUUUACUACAGGGACUACCUGCUGUUCGGCUACCCCAAACCGUUCCCAGACCUGCUCUGACUUCCGCCUGACGGUCCGGCCUGAGACACAGAACCAAAAGUGUUCCCAGACUGGAAGAGGUCCAGCUUGGUCUGUAACUCACAGGAGAUGUUUGGUCUGACGGCCGUGGACCGGAUCAAGGCUUAGGUUGAUGAUCACACAGAUGGAUCUUCAACUGGACCCGCCGAUGAAGCUGUGAUGGUCCGCUUUAAUGUGCCUUGGUCCGAUUAUUGAUCCGGAUCAGAAACUUGGAUCGAGCCUCCAAGCUGUGCAGACCGAACAUGUGAGAUUUCUGGGCGUUAAUUGUGAAUCCUCAGGUUUGUUCUACACA